GAGAACUUUUUUUGUCGUUAACACGCCCUUCAUCUGUUGAUGUUACCUAAUAACAAAGCGAACAAAAUAAACAAAUUACUAUUACAUCAUUUGACAGUGUUUUAUCCUUUUCUUAAAUUACAGGAAUACCAGUUUAAUAUUUUUCUACACACGCCUGUCUUUUAUGACAUAGCAGAUCUUACGUACUGCAACUAAUGCAGCAUAAUGUUCUCAGAUAAACGGCGCUACUAAUGAAACGGUCACGUACAAUGACAUACUCCAAGCGUCCAUGAACAUUGCCGUCUCUCUCUCACAGCUCGGUCUAAAGAAAGGAGAGACGGUAGGAAUCUGUUCAGAGACCAGGCUGGAGAACUGGUCUGUGAUCGUCGGAGCAGUCUGCGCUGGAGGUGUGAUGACACCUUUGAGCAUUGGAUAUGUUAAAGAUGAACUGAGACAUGUUAUGAAUAUAUCAAAACCGAAAUAUCUUUUCUGUUCGAAGCAAGCUUACGAUAUUCAUCGAGCUAUUUUCAUGUCGUUAGAUUACGUCGAAAAGAUUAUACUGUUCGGUGAAGAGAGAAUAGACGGUGCAUUACUUUACAACGACCUGGCUACAAUCUCUCCUAAUUCGAUGUUGAAGGAAAAUGUUAAAUAUGAAGAAUUCGAAGUGGUAGAUGUUCAAGGGCAGACUGAUACGGUCUUCAUGAUGUAUUCAUCAGGAACUACGGGAUUACCUAAAGGAGUUUUGCACACUCAUUUAAGUAUAUUAAUAGUGUUCAACAUGUCAUGUUUACUUGAUCCUAAACAAAUAGUUUUAAAUAUAACACCGUGGUACCAUGUUAUGGGCUUAAUGAGCACACUUAUAUAUCUAAGUCAUUGCUGCAAACAUGUCUUUUUACCGAAGUUUGAGAUGGAUUUAUAUUUAAAAACAAUAGAGAAAUACAAGGUGAAUCUUCUAGUAUUGGUACCACCUGUACUGAUGGCUCUCAGCAAGACAUCCUCGCAGUACGACCUCAGCUCUGUUGAGGCGGUAAUGAGCGCGGCUGCUACCCUCAGGAAAGAGACCAUUGAAGCUGUCAACGAAAAAUUCAUAAACUUGAAAGGCAUUUGUCAAGGCUAUGGUAUGACGGAGACUACAUUUGUUGUGACCAUAGACAGUCUCUUCACGGAUGGUACGACCAAACCGGGGAGUGUUGGUAAAGUUGUACCUAAUACUUUGAUAAAGAUCGCAGACGUAACAACCAGAGAGCCUCUUGGGCCAUACGAAAACGGCGAAGUAUGCAUUAAAGGGCCUUUAAUUCUCAAAGAUUAUAUUGGACAUGAGAAAAAUAAUUGUUUGGACAGUGACGGAUUCUUUAGAACUGGCGACGUAGGUUACUAUGACGAAGAGAAAUAUGUGUAUAUUGUCGAUCGAAUGAAGGAAUUAAUUAAAUACAAGGCUUAUCAGGUACCUCCAGCUGAGAUAGAAGCAGUCCUGAUGCAGCACGAGGGAGUCCGUGACGUAGGCGUGGUAGGGCUGCCGCAUCCCGAAGCCGGCGAGCUGCCCGUCGCCUUCGUGGUACUGCAGCCCGGUGCCAGCCCUACCGAGGCAGAACUGCGGCAGUUUGUAGCUGAAAGAUUAUCCAACCCGAAGCAUUUAAGAGGCGGAAUACACUUUGUAACAGAAAUACCGAGGACUGCUAGCGGCAAAAUACUGCGAAAACAUCUCAGGGAAUUGGCAGUUAAUUUACAGUAAACACAAUUGAACAAUAAAUUAUGUUAAUUUAUCUUGGAAUCGCUGUAAUAUGAAUUUAAAUUUUGGGAAAAAUAAAUGUGGGGUUAUUUCUAAAAAACACUGAUUUCAUAGUAGCAUAGUUAAAAUAUACUUAUUGUAAUGGAACUACUUCGUGUGAUGGUACAGUAAAAAAAAAAUACCGAGAUCAGUAAUUUUUAAUAACAAUGUCUGUGUUUUUUUUAAUUUUUAUAUUACAAGGUAGCAAAUGAGCGAGUGAUAAUCUAAACUCGCCGAAAGGCGAAAAGACCGCUGCCCAUAGACAUCCGCCAGUGCAGAUGCGUCGCCUACCCUUAAUUUGCGAAGGAAGGGACUCACAUAAAGUGGAUAUUUAUCCCUUCAAAUUCACU